CACGUGUGCCCGCUUUCAUCAGACAACAAACAUGGCUGGCAACGCGUUUGUGCAGGCGCAGACUUUCCAGUCUCAGUCGUGGCAACGCAUCGAACGGCCACGGCCGCUGGAAAGAAGCGCGCGCCAUGGUUUCCACGGCGUCCGUGGUUCACGUUCUGACCAUACAAGGUCUAUAGCAGCGGCAGGAGUCAUCCUGGUGGCGCUGCAGUCACGCAAGCGACAGCGAGGACGGGUGUGCCGAAGGGGUCUGACUCCUUUGGCAGAGCGGCUGGGUCGCAUGGCUGGUGUCAUGCCCAAACAGGAUCCUGCACCAGCUCUACCUAGUUUGCCAGACAUGCCCCACUUUGAGGCCCUGGGUCAGAUGAAGUUGGCCGAUUUGCAGCACAUCCAGUCUGUCAUUUUAGCAUCUCCAGUCGUGCUACCUGCAGCUGUUGGAGUGUUUGUCGUGGCAUUGCUGUCGCUACGCAGAGGGCGACAGCCAUGGUUGGAGGAGCUACCUUUGCGCUACGACGGUGCAUGGAUUGCAGCGUAUUGGCAACGGCGACCUCUUCGUCUUCUGCAACGCUUUGUGGAAGUGUCUAUUCGAGCUGGUUCUUUCAGUGUGGCCAUGGAAAUCGACAAACUGCUCGGUCGGGAGGAGGCGAUGUCCGCGCAGCGCGCGCGUGAAGCGAAGGAGCUCAUCACAGACCUUGGCCCAGCCUUCGUGAAAAUUGUGCAGGUUUUUGCAUCGCGGCCAGAUGCGCUUCCCGAGGCUUACCAGAAGGAGUUUGAAGGUCUCCUUGAGAGAGUUCGGCCUUUCAAAAAGGAUGAAGCAAUGGACACCAUGAGCCGAAAUCUUGACGGAGAUGAAGCUGUUCGAAGCCUCUUCGAUGACAUGUCCGUCUUUGAUGAACCGGUGGCAGCUGCUUCUGUGGGCCAAGUCUAUCGUGCCAAGAUGAACGGUCGUGAGGUUGCUGUCAAGGUACAACGCCCUGACGUGCGAGAACAGGUCACUUUGGACCUUUUUGUUGUUCGGCAAAUUGCCAGCAUAGGUUCAUUUGUGCCAAUUGAAAGGUAUGCCCGUCAGUUCCGGAGCCUGUUUGAUCUUGUAGAUCGUGCAGCGCCUCCCUUCAUUGAGGAGCUUGACUACGAAUUUGAGGCGAGCAACCAGAAGGAGUUUGCCGAGCUGAUUUCAAAGUGCGAUUUGGUUUCAGACACCGUGCAGGUUCCUGAGGUGGUGCAAGCUUCCCGGGAGGUCCUUAUUCAGGAGUGGCUCCCUGGCAAAAAGCUUACAGAGCCUGGAGCUGCAAAGGAUCAAGCUCAGCAGGUGAAAGUCUUGUUGAACUCGUACAUGGUCCAGCUGCUAGAAACGGGCUUUCUGCACGGGGAUCCACAUCCUGGGAAUUUUGUUUUGAUGCCGUCGGGUAAGAUCGGAAUCUUGGACUAUGGCCUGAUGACCCGCAUCUCUGAAGACAAGCGGGUGGCACUUAUUCAAUAUCUUAUGCAUGUCCAAGCAAACAUGUAUGACGAGUGCCUUCAAGACCUGGUGACGUUAGAGUUUCUACCCGAUGGCAUUGCCUCUGACAAGGAGGCCCGAGAAGUCAUCGUUCCAAGACUGGCCGAGACCUUGAACAUCCUGUUUGAGCAGAGCGACCUGCGUGUGCAACGCGAAAAGUUCAUCAAGCAGAGGGAGGAGCUGGAAGCCUCUGGAAAACUAGAAAUCUUGCAGCAGGAGUUACAAGGAAUUGCAAAGAAAUAUGGCAGCUUUCAACUGCCAGGCUAUGCGACCUUGAUCAUUCGGGCCUUGGCGACCUUGGAAGGAGUUGGUCUGAAAGCAAGUUCCAACUUCUCACUGAAGUCUGAGACCUUUCCUUACAUUGCCCGACGGCUGUUGACCGACGACAGCCUUCGCAUUCGCGAGGCAUUGAGGGCAUACCUCUACAAAGGCCGCAGUCGAAUUGCCCCUGAUCGGCUUGAAAGUCUGUCUCAAGGCUUCCGAACUUUUACGAAUUUGAUGAAAGGCGAUCGUGUUGAGGCCGCAGCAGCUGGUGCUCCCACGCCAGAAACUGUUGAGGCUACAAACAACACGAACAGGAACGAAGCGAGACAAAGUGGUGAAAAUUUGGACUUGGCGACGAAAGAUAUUGCUGCUGUACUCUUCUCCCCAGAUGGGAAUUUCCUUCAAGAUCUUCUAAUCGAUGAAGGAGUGGCUGCUGUGGAUGCGCUGUCUCGGGCUGCUGUGCUCCAGUCACUCAGAGCCCUGAAUCCUCUGGGUCCUUUGGCCGUUCCCGUGGCGGCUCCUUUGUGCGCACCUUACGCCCUUGGAGCACAUUGA